AUGCUGGGUAGGUCACCGUGUGGAGGACUCCAUGUGCCGGUGACAGGAAGCGGAAAGCUGUGUGUGUAAAUUUUGUAAUCUGGACACACCGUAACCAUGCUGCCCACCGCUGUCCGGGGAUGCCUGAGACUGAGGGCCGCAGCCUCCUCUUUGUACCGAACAGAGAUGGCUACAGUGAGGUUGCUGAGGAUGUCCAGUGAACUGAGAAAUGAUGUUUUAGCCUCCCCAUCACUGGACAAUGAACCAAAGGAAUAUCCCCCUAAAAUCCAGAAACUGGUGGAGCAGAUUGCAGGACUGUCUCUCCUAGAAGUCUCAGACCUCAACGAGUUGCUUCGAAAAACUUUGAAGAUUCCAGAGGUUGGGUUGAUGCCAAUGGGUGCAGCUAUACCAGGAGCAGCAGUUGCAUCACCUCAGGCUGCAGAAGAAGAUGAUGCUCCAGUGAAAAAAGAGAAAAGUCACUUCACAGUGAAACUGACAGAAUUUAAUGCUGUGGACAAAGUCAAACUAAUAAAGGAAGUGAAGAACUGUGUGUCGGGUCUGAAUCUGGUGCAGGCCAAGAAGUUGGUAGAGUCACUGCCCCAGGAGAUUAAAGCAAAUGUUGCCAAGGAGGAGGCUGAGAAGAUGAAGGCUGCUCUGGAAGCUGCUGGGGGGAAAGUUGUUCUUGAAUAAAACUCCUGGACUCUGACAAUUCCACAAGGUCACUGUUUGUGGUCGCCCCUUGUACAUUUGAGCUCUGAAGAACCUUCAGAUGCUGCCGUCAGCUCUUGAGAGAUGGAGGGCAGGAAAGCUUAUACCUCAUUAGCAGCACAGAUGUGCACCCACCAUGUAUCGUACAGGGUCUGGGUUGGGGUGCUUUGACCUCCUCCCCUUUUCUGGACUUUGGCCUCUGAAGCACGUCAUCUGGUUUAUCGUCUGCUGCUUAAUGUUCUAUUAUCUAAUCUUGUUUUAUACAUUAAACUCUCACACAGAGAUUGUUCUCUCUCAUCUCUCGCUCCUAAUCAUAUCUGCCCCCCCCCCUGUACUCUACACACAGGUUAUUGCUGAGCUGGGACAGAUUAGUGCUCACACAAGGUUUUAGGAAGAUACCUUAAGUUCCAUGCUCAGUAAAUUCUGUUCUGGCACUUCCACUAAAUAAUGAGUGUCAGAUCUUUGUGUGAAUUUGCUAUUUUUUAUUAAAUCUAGUUUUGUUCUGUU